AUGAACGCUGGCGCCAACCUUCAAGAGCAGACCUCUAGCAAGGACGCCUCCGAUGUCGAGUACACCCUAGAGAACGGUUCUCCCUACCCGCACCCGUACCAAUAUCAACGUAUCGGAUCCGACGGUCCACUCCUCCUGCAAGACACUCAUUUGAUCGAGCUGUUUGGGUCCUUCGAUCGCGAACGCAUCCCGGAGCGCGUCGUGCAUGCCCGAGGCGCGGGUGCACAUGGCUACUUCGAAGUUACCAAUGCCGACUUCUGCAAAAACUUCACGAUGAUGGACAUGCUGAGUGAGAAUGGCCUCAAAACCCCCAUCACUGCUCGUUUUAGCACUGUCGGAGGGGAGUCAGGGUCAGCCGACGAAGCUCGCGACCCGCGUGGAUUCGCCUUGAAAUUCCGGACUCGCAAGGGCGUCCUCGACAUUGUCAUGAACAAUACGCCGGUGUUCUUCAUCCGCGACCCCGCCAAGUUCCCUCAUUUCAUUCACACGCAGAAGCGCCACCCCGCGAGCCACUUGCGGGACAAGGAUAUGUUCUGGGACUACCUCGGGUCGAACCCUGAGUCGCUGUACCAGGUUAUGCGCUUGUUCUCCGACCUCGGCACGCCACAAGGAUUCAGGCACAUGGACGGGUGGACCGGACAUACCUAUCGGUGGGUGCAGAACGACGGGACGUGGUCGUAUGUCCGCCUGUACGCGCAGACCAUGCAGGGCGUCCAGAAUUUUACCAAUGCUGAGGCUGCGUCUAUUUCCGGAACGAACCCGGACUUCGCUACUCAGGACCUCUACGAAUCGAUUCAGAACGGCACCUUCCCCGGCUGGACGAUGUUCGCUCAGGUCCUGAGCCCGGAGGCCGCUCAGUCCUUCAAGUACAACGUGCUUGAUCUUACGAAGGACUGGGGUUUCGAUAACGUUGCGCCCGUGGAGAUUGGCAAGUUCUACCUGACGCAGAACCCCGCUAACUACUUUGCGGAGAUAGAGCAGGCCGCCUUCUCGCCUGCGAACAUGGUCGAGGGCUGGGCUCCGUCUGCGGACCCGGUGCUGCAGGCCCGGCUCUUCUCCUACCCUGACGCACACCGCUAUCGCCUGGGAGUCAACCACAAGCAAAUUCCCGUGAACGCCCCUGUCAACCCUGUGGCUAAUUUCGAGCGCGACGGGCACAUGAAUAUUAACGGCAACCAGGGCUCGCGUCCGAACUACCUGUCCACCCUCGAUAAGAUUAAGCUCCCGCCGCGUGCUUACGUUGACGAGACCCACCAGCAGUGGACUGGCGGCGCCGUGGCCUCACUUUCCGCCGUGACCGAGAUAGACUUCGACUGGCCUCGUAUCUUCUGGAACGGGCUCUCCGAGCAGGACCAGCAGAACCUCAUCAGCAACGUCGUCGGGCACCUCGGCGCAGCGCCUACAUACAGCGUGCGCCAACGCAUGGCCUCGCUCUUCAAUUACGCCAACAGCACCCUUGGUCAGGCGAUCGCGGACGGCGUCGGCGUGAAGGUUGUGAACCUCACUUUCCCUAACGGCCCGACCUGGUUCAACGUGACGAAGGACCCUGUUGGCAGCACUCUCGACUACUGA